AACAAAUAAUCAGUAUUUAAAGUUCAAUUGUGGUAUAAUCCUGAUUAUGACAUUUGUGUGCAUCAUUUUGAAUGAAUCUAUAGUUGAAUUUAUGACAUAUAUACGAUAAAAAUGACAUAUGGCGAAAGGCAAUUUUUCAUACGUCGUUUUUGAAACUUCUAUUAUUACGUAUAUUAAACUUUUCGAUGACACAUUGUAUUGUAAGAUCAAUAUUUCGAUGUAUCGUUUUCGUAAGAAAUGAGAGAAAAGCCAAGAAUAAAAGAAAUAAACGUGAAAAAAAACUAAUUACCUAGACAUUUUCUAUAUACAUAUUUGUAUUGGUAUAAUAAGUUAACCUGCAACAAGUGAACAUGUUAACUAUCUAAGAAAACUAUUUUUUUAAUAAUAUAUGAAAAAUUCAUAAUUUUGAUAGUGACAUUUCUUAUAGUAUUAUGUAAUUAAAAAUGACUGGAUUAUUGGGUUUUUUUAUAGGCUUUUUUAUAUUGUACUGUCAUUUUACUUGGGUAAUCCCAAGGUUGUUAUCAUGGCUAGUAAAAAGAAAAUAUAAAAUCCAUUUAAGGGUUGGUCAUAUUUCAUUACCGUAUUUUAUUCUCCGUGAUGUCAAUAUAUCUAAGAAUGGCUUUACGUUGCAAGUUGAAGAAAUAAGUGUUCGCAGUAGUUUAUUCAGCAGCGAUGUAGCUAAAUUAUUAGCAGUAGUUAUGCGUGAUGUUAGAAUUAAUAAAGAUGUUCCUAUUGAAUCUAACCAUCAUUCCAAUAAAACAAGUAAAUUAUUAGAUUUUAGGGAUAAAAAAAUUUCACCGAUAAUCAUAACAUUUGUACAGUUUAUGGCAGUACAUAUUGAAAAUUUGAGUCUUCUUGCACUUGGUAAUGGUUGGUUAGCUAAUGGCAGUGCAGAAAGUCUUAGUUUGGAUGGCAGUGUUGUUCAUGGAGCACGUACUCUACUAGCAUCUGCUACAGUUUCUGGAGGAGCGAUGAAACUAUUAAGACAUGCAUCUGAUGCUUGCUUGUCACAAAUCACAUUUGCUGGUACAGCAGAAGCAACUCUUAAAGCUCAAGGAGAAAUUUCGGUCGAGAAAUUGUAUGUUGGUGUGACACAAACGGAAGGCUCUGGAGGGCCAGGUCUUAUGCAGUUUUUAAGAGAUAGAAAAUCAUUAAGAACUGGUGCUUCAUACUCUAAUAUAGAUAACAAUUCUACUGAUAAUUUACUGGCUAGAUUAGCACCAAUAAUACCAAAGGACUUUAUGUUGAAAAUAGGAAAUUCCUCUGUAAUCGCAGGACGAGAAGAUGGUGGUAUUGUUGGUUUAGAAGGCAUAUUGAAAGGAUUACAAGCUAUAGCUAAAUUUCAACCACAUAGUCCUCAAUUAAAUUUUACUGUUAAUUUGGAAGGAUUAUCCAUUCGUGGAAAAUUUCCCGUUGUUACUUUGCAAUCAUUACUAAUAGAUGCAAAAAUGGAGCAAGAUAUUUUACAAAUAUCAGUUCAAUUGAGUAGUCUUUUAAUCUUUUAUGAUUACAAAGAUUGGGAAUCAAUAUUGCAAAGUGCACAAAAUGAAAUAUCUAAGCCUGUCGAUCGCGUGUCCUUAACUAGAAAACUGCCAUGGGUUGAAGUUAAGAUAAAUACUGAAUUAUAUGACUCAUCUUUGGUUGUAAAACUUCCUGAUGCACCAGAGGCUUCUUGUGGAGUAGCACACGUGAAAUUUUCUUUAAACACAGUUCUAGGUGAAGUAGUAGAUUGCAAUACAGAAUUGGUAAUAGAAUCUUUAUUUUGUGCUUUAAAUGGAGCUGUUACAAAUAAUCUUGAAACAUCUCAUUGUUGGGGUAGUCCUCUUUCAGUCGGUGUGCUAUUAGCAACAACUCGUACAAAUGCUAUAGGAAUUGCUGUAGAUGCUCUUGUAACAGAAUGGAGCUUGGAUCUCGCCCGAUUCCUUGAGCAAGCUUUUAAAUGUUGUAAAAAAUAUAUAAAACCUACAAAAGAAAAAAUGAAGAGAUCAGAAAAUACUACUCAAUUAAAUCUUAAAGUUACUAAUUGUAAUAUAUUUUUUAUUGCUGAAAAUGAGUUAUGUAUUAUGAUGCGCCUUGAUACUGCAAGUAUGGAGAAUAAUGUUAAACGACUAGUAGCGGUUGCUGAAGGAGUGAGCGCUAUAACUCUCAAUAAAUAUGAACCAGUUGUUUGUCAACAUGCACAAGCUUUAACUCAUCCAUUUUUAGCUAUACGAAAAUGUAAAUGUGCUAUUACUUCAGAUACUAUAAAUAUAAGUCUUGAUGGCACAAGCGUAGCAUGGAGUCCUAACUUACAUUUACGUCUUUUAUUAUUUUGGAUGGAGUCUAAAGAUUUUAGAUCAAUUAUAUCCAAAGAAACAUUAACAAAUGAAGAUGUAGGUGCUCAAAGAAAAAAGCGCUUUAUAGAUUUACUUGCUACUGGAGGAAUUACUCUUUCGAUUGAUAUUUCGCCAAAGCAUUUCUUAGAACUUUCUUCGGAUCAGCUACGUUGGGUACAGGGUGAAUGGAAGCUUAAUUAUAUCCGUGCAACAUUAGAUAUGGCUGAUAUAAUUAUGAUUGAAGGAUUUGAAUUAGUCAGAGUGUCUAAUAAUGAAGAAGUACGUUUAGAGAGACAAAAUAAUGAAGGGUUUUUCUUAGAAUGGAAUGAAACCUGGGCUCUCAAUAUUGAAUCGGUUAAAGCUUGUUUUCCUUAUGAACAUCAAUUUACUGAAGCUAUACAAAAUGAACUAUUUAGUAUUAAGAGAUGGUUAAAGGACAUUCAUUCAACAGGAUUGGUUAAACAACAGCAUUUGCCAUGUGAUCUAAUUAUAAAAAUUAAAGAAUGGAUUUUUGAAGUGAGCGAUGAUCCAUUUGAAGUUCGAUUAAGGGAUAAUUAUGAACUUUUAGAAGACGAAUAUAAAGAAAGUUUAAAACGUCAAGCAAUGCUGGAUGCUAAAGUAGAAGAACUUUGUCGCGCUCAUUUACUUCUUCCACAAGGCAAAGUAGAAGAGUUAUAUGCUAGUCUGAAUAAGAAAAAUGCAGAAAUAUAUGUACAGAGGUGGAAACAAAUGCAACGCGCAGGACCAGCAAGAACAAGAUUAUUUGCUUGGUCUAUGUUAGAUUUAGAAAUAUUGGCCUUAGCUGAUCCAACUAUAAAUGGCACGGAAAAUGCAACUAAAGCUAUAAGAGAAAUGGAUCCAGAAACUCCUUGGCCUGAAGAUGGUUUAGAAUUCAAUACACUUUGGGUUAGAGGCGUCAGUUUAAAAUGUGCAGAAUGGAAAUUACAAUUGCGAGAUUUUCCUCAACCACUGCUAUUAGUCGAAAGUCUUAGUAUUUGGGGUCGAUUAGCUGGUGCGGAAGCUGUACCACCACCUAGAGCUAGACGUACAGUACGAAUUGAAAUUGGACCACCAUGGGAUGAUAUUGUAGUAGAAAGAGGAAUGACGUCUCUAAAGUACUAUCAUGAUCUUAAUUGGGAUAUAGAUAAAUUUAGAUAUGCAUUUGGUCCAUGUUGGGAACCAGUAAUAGCACAAUGUAAUCUUAGUUUUGAAAAGAUAAUUCAUCCAUCACGAGAUCCCAGUCCUCCAUUACCAUUUUGGGAUAAAAUGAGAUUAGCCCUUCAUGGAAGAAUAACUCUUUGUGUGAAACAAUUAACUGUUUUAUUACAUGGCUCUUUAGAUCCUUAUAAUACUACAGAAGAAAUGGAAUUAACAUGGACAGGUUUAGAACUUGAUUGGACACAAGGAAAAAUUAUAAUAAAAGGAGAUUUCGAUGUAUAUGUUCGCACGGCCAGCAAAUAUGAUGAUUGUAGAUUGUUACAUUUACCUAAUGUUAAAUUAAGUAUGAAAUUAGCAUGGGUUUGCUUAGGUGAUCCAAGAGAUCAUCAUGCUGCAAUACCUUGUGCUCCAGACAGAUUGCCAGAGUAUUCUAGCAAUCAAGAACACGAUUCUUUCCGUGCAUUUCGUUCACAAAAUUUAAAUGUUAGUUUAUCUCUAGAAACCAAACCUACUGGAUCUCCCACAUUGACAAGUGCACCAACAGCUUUGCUUUACGGUAGUACUUUAAGAUGGUUUGAGAAUUUAAAAUUUAUAUUAUCAGGUGCAACAAGGCCUACAAGAAAAGGUCCAUUAUUUAAGAAUAUCAGACCAAGAAAAAAACAAUUAAGCAGGCACUACAGAAAAGUUAGAUUAACAUUAGCAUUUCACCGUUUUCAUGUAAGUUACUGGAUGUCUUUUGCUAUGCAGAGAGGAUUUGAAGUAACUGGUGGAAAGGUAGCAUGUAGCUCUGAACAUAAUCUAUCUCUUCAUCCAAUUGACGAUGGCCUCAUACACCGUCCAAGAGCAGAAUGGUCUGUUAUUUAUAUGAAUUGUGAAUUGAAUGAUGCAGAAAUUUGGCUUAAAAGUGCAUUAGAAGAAGAAGAAGAAAGUACUUCGUUACGACAACCAGUUGAAAAAUGUUAUUGCCUAAGUGUUGCUCGAGUUAGUUAUGGAAGAGAAGCAAUGGUCACAGGAGUAAGUGGCGAUAAUCCAACUCAUCGUUUAGCUGUACAUGAUUUGAAAGGAGCUUGGACUAAAACAAAUAGAGAUGUUGCAUUUGCUCUAUUUGAUUCAUUUAUUAAAACACAGCAACUUAAAAAGAAUUUAUCAACUGCGGCUCUAAAAGGUUUUCACAGAGAAAGUACUUCUACACCACAUAAAAAUAGAAUUAGAACUGUUGAAUCAAAAAAUACACCUACGCAAACAACACCAUCAACAUCUUCUAAACUACAACAAGGAGAAGCUGCUGGAAUGUUGCAAAGAUUAAUUGCUGAAGCUGCUAAUAAACCAGUAGCAUUCAGUGAUGAUUUAUCAGUACAAACAAGAGGUCAACAAUUGCGUGGACUUGCAGCGUGCCACCAGGAUGACGUUUUACACAAAAAUUGGCUUAUUGCAUUAGUGAAUAGUCAAGUAUUAUUGAAAGGAAUCGAAACACGCGGAUAUGUAAUUUUAUCAGCAGCAAAAGCAGAAAUAUUACAAAGGGUUCAUCGACCAGUAUGGAAAGAAAGAACACUUGUUUCAAAAACAACAUGGGUUGGUUCUUUAGAAUGUAUGCAGUAUUAUGCUACAGUUAGUGCAAAUAUUGAUGAUAAUAUUGAUGACAAUAUUAUGUGGUUAACAUUGGAUAAUAUACAGGAAAAAGAUUCUACUGUGAUAGCGGGUUUACCAGAUGUACCAGCACUUGUAGGAUCAGGUCAAAGUGUAGGUGGUGUGGUUAGUCAGACUGUUGGUGGUGCUGGUGGACCACAACAUCAAUUGCAACGUAUUGUAUCAAGAUGUAAAUGCGAGUUUUUUUAUGUUGGGUAUGGUCAAGCUUUAGAUGUUGGAUCUGUAGAUAAUAUUCUACCACCACCAAGAGAAGAAGUUAGCUUAUGGGAAAGAAAGGAAUUUUCAGCUGCAGAUGCAUUUACAUUAAUGCAUCAUGAUUUAGAUGUAUGCACAAACUCCUUACAAUAUGCAAUGAUUUUGGAUAUUGUAAAUAAUCUGUUAUUAUAUGUAGAGCCUCGCAGAAAAGAAGCUUCUGAACGAUUACAAAGAAUGAGGUUUCAAUUACAAUUACAUUCUGUUGAAGAUCAAAAACGACCUAUACAACAAUUGCAAAAUACUGUACGUGGAUUAGUUGCUAAAUUAAGGAGAUUAGAACGUGAAACAUAUCUAGUACAAAAAGCACUUGCCGAGGAAUCAAGUUCUGAUUUAUUGGUUGAAAUGGAGCGAUUAGAAGCACGAGUUUUUGAAUGUAAAGAACAACUUAGUGCAAAAGCUGAAGAACUUGAUGUAAUGUUAAGUUGUUAUAAAGAAACUACUGCACCACCGAGUGCUUCAACAACAUUAAAAGAUAAACCAGCAGCAGUGGCAAGAGUUGCAGAAAUUUGUUUUAAACAUGCACAAUGGAGACUUACUGACGCGGAUGGUCAGUUAGGUAUAGCAGACUUAAUUCUGACUAAUUUCUUAUAUACAAAAACAAGUAAAACAGAUGAUUCGGUGGAACAUCUUUUGGAAUUAGGAUAUGUUAGAAUGACAAAUUUAUUACCCAAUCAAAUCUAUACAGAAGUCUUGACUCCGACCGAAUUACAAAGUAAUAUGCCUGUUGAUAGGCAAAGAGCUCUGAGAGUGUUUUGUAGAGAGAAAGCACCUGUAGCUGGUAUUUCAGUAAAGGAACAUUUCGAAAUUAAUGUAGUUCCUUUAACAAUUGGAUUAACAAAAAAAUUCUUCAAUACAAUGCUGAAAUUCUGCUUUCCGGAAAGAGAUCCGGAAGGGAUAGAGGAACCACCAGCACCGCAACGAGAUUCAUCAUUUUAUGUACCCAUUGAAAGAAGAGAUGAUGUAGAAAAAAUGAAGGAGAGAGCUGAUAAAAAUAAAUUGUUUAUAUACAUUAAAAUACCAGAAGUACCUGUUCGUGUAUCUUACAAGGGCAAUAAAGAGAAAAAUUUAGAAGACGUUCGAGAUUUUGCAUUAGUUAUACCGACAUUAGAAUAUCAUAAUGUUACUUGGACAUGGCUUGAUCUUUUAUUAGCCAUGAAAAGUGAUUCUCGUCGUGUGAUAUUAAGUCAAGCCAUUAAACAAAAAUUACAAAUCAAACCAAGGGGUCCACAAGAAGAAUCAGCUCCUCAGGAGGAAGAUAAGGCUCGUCUUCUUUUAGGUACUCGUCAUCUUCCUGGUGAUGCAAAAAAAAGAAAUGUUUUUAAAUUUAAAUAAGUAUACUUUUCGAAUUUUGUUCUAAAAAUUAUUUAAUAGUAUUUCAAUGUAUUAUUUAUUAUUAUAGAAUAUUUAAACGAAUCUACAGAAACUAUAUUAUGUAAAUCAAACUAUUUUGUGCGUUACAAAAUAGUUGUAUAUGAACGUAUGAUAAAUAUUGUGCGUAGCCUUUUAUAUGUAUAUUCGUAGAUAUUGAAUAACUUAUUUUGAAGUAGAUUUUUAAUAAGUACUGAAUAAAUUAUGCUAUGCUUCAUUUGAAUAUUUAUUAUUGUAAUAUAUAAUAUUAGUCUUUCUAUAUAUUGCUAAUAAAUACGUAUUAUAUAUUUUUUACUGUAAACAGUUAGGAAAAAGUUGAAUACACAUAAUAAUGUUUCAUGUAAUCAUGUUUAGUACGUUUAUGUAAACGCUUGUACAAAAGAAAAAAACUUAUAAAUAAUAAUUCUGCUAUAAUUAUUUUGCAGUAUUUGGCAAUAAAUAUUCAAUUAAUAUUUAUUAUUUGUUAUAAAUUGGUUGUGUGAUAUUCAUACAU